AUGGCUCCCGAGGCCACCGAGGAGCCAGAGGCUUCGGCCGACUACGAGUACCUGGCAGGCAGCAACGCCACGGGGAGCCCGGAGCAGCUCUUCACGACGGUCUUCAUCCCCGUCCUCUACUCCUUCAUCUUCCUCCUCGGCUUCGCGGGGAACCUCUUCGUCAUCGUGCUGCUGGCCAAGAGGAGCGGCGGCAGGAGGGCGGUGGACACCUUCGUGCUGAACCUGGCUGUGGCCGACGUCAUCUUCGUCUGCACCCUGCCCCUCUGGGUGGCGGCGGGGGCGCGGGGCAACCGGUGGCUGCUCGGGGAAGGGCUCUGCAAGGCGAGCAGCUACGCCAUCAGCGUCAACCGCUGCUCCAGCAUCCUCUUCCUCACCGCGCUCAGCGUGGAGCGCUACCUGGUCAUCUGGAAGGUGCUGGACACCAGGCGGGCGGGCUCCAGGAGGCACGUCCUGCUCACCUGCGGGCUGAUCUGGGCCAUCUCCCUCCUGCUGGGCGCGCCGGCGCUGCGGUACCGGCGGCUGGACGGGGACGACUGCUGGGACGAGGACGGGGAGGACUUCAGCCUGGCCAUGGUCUUCCUCACCUUCCUCCUGCCCCUGGGGGUCAUCUUGUUCUGCUACUGCUCCAUCUACUGCCGCCUGCAGCGGCACGUGCGGCUGGGCAGGGGCGUGCGGCGCUCCCACCGCGUCAUCGUCGCCAUCGUCGCGGCCUUCGUCUGCUCCUGGCUGCCCCUCAACGCCUGCAAGGUGCUGCUCUUCCUCCUGGCCAAGGGGACGCUGGCGCUGCCGGCGGGGCAGGAGGGGACCCUGCGCUGGGUGGUGGCCGCCAGCACCUGCCUGGCCUUCGCCAACAGCUGCGUCAACCCCCUCAUCUACGCCCUGAUGGACCCGCGCCUCCGCUGCCCGCCCCCUCCUGGUGCCAGGACCCCCCCCUCCACCACCGCCUCCAGCCCCUCGCCCGGCAGCGGGACCAAGCCCCCCCCGGCCCACAGCCCCCGGCCGGGCACGUAA